AACGACUGCUUCUGUUUCUGUGAUCUGUCAUUAAGUCUUGAGUUGGACACGAGUGUAAUGGUUAUAUUUUUCUGAAAAAGUAUUCAAUAAAAACUGUUAUCAAUAACAUAUUGUAACCAUGAGUUAUUCAAAAUUUGAUCUUACCUUUAAAAUAGGUCAAUAUUUAGAUAGGCAUCUUGUGUUUCCGUUAUUAGAAUUUUUAGCAGCAAAAGAGACUUAUGACCAAUCAGAACUUUUGCAAGCUAAGUUGGAAAUCUUGAGUAAAACAAACAUGAUAGAUUAUGUUAUUGAUAUCAGAAGGAUGCUAUAUCCAGAUGAAGAUACACCCGAGGAAAUCAAAUCAAGGAGAGGCAUAGUACUGUCACAACUUCAGGAACUGCAAGAUGCUGUUGAACCAGUCUUGAAACUCAUGCAGCGGGAUGAUGUUAUGAAAACUGUAGAAACCAUGAGGGAUCCUAAAACUCUUAUAAACUUCUUAACUACAAACAAGGAGUUUGAGUUCAAAAUUGAAAUGAUUGACAGCAUGUACCAGUUAGCCAAAUAUCGCUAUGAGUGUGGUAAUUAUGUUGAGUCAUCAUCGUACCUUUACUUCUGUCAGCUGGUAAUGUCUCCCACUGAUAAGAACUAUCUUUCGGUUCUGUGGGGAAAACUGGCCAGUGAAAUCCUGGUUCAAAAUUGGGACGGUGCUCUCGACGAUCUGACUAAGCUACGCGAGUUCAUCGACAACGGCGGCGGGGGUGCCACUGCCAGUAACAUGCACGCACUUCAGCAGCGCACGUGGCUGGUGCACUGGUCCCUCUUCGUGUUCUUCAACCACGUCAAGGGCCGUGACCUUAUAAUCGAAAUGUUCUUAUACAAACCUCUGUAUUUAAAUGCUAUCCAGACAAUGUGCCCGCACAUCCUCCGCUACUUGGCCACCGCCGUUAUCAUCAAUCGUUCGCGCAGAAACGCUCUCAAGGAUUUAGUGAAAGUUAUCCAGCAAGAAGCAUAUACUUACAGGGACCCAAUAACUGAGUUCAUUGAGCAUUUGUACGUAAACUUCGAUUUUGAAGCUGCGCGAAGGAAGUUAAAUCAGUGCCAAGCUGUGCUCUUGACAGACUUCUUCUUGAUCGCCUGUUUGGAGGAGUUUGUUGAAAACGCUCGCCUCAUGAUUUUCGAAACUUUCUGCCGCAUCCAUCAAGUUAUCAGUAUUGGAAUGUUAGCAGAGAAUUUAAACAUGCAGCCAGAUGAAGCAGAAUGCUGGAUUGUGAAUUUGAUCCGUAAUGCUCGUUUGGAUGCUAAAAUUGACUCAAAGUUAGGUCACGUGGUCAUGGGAGCGCAGCCACUCUCGCCCUACCAACAACUUGUGGAGAGGAUCGACUCUUUGGCGGUGCGGUCAGAUGCCCUGACGUCAUUAGUCGAGAGGAAACAAAAGGCCCGCAAUCAAGACAUUCGUUGGGGUGCACAAGAAUUUUAGGUUAAGAAGUUUCUUUAUGAAAGUAUUUUUUUUGUAAAUGAAGCAUUUUAAUAAAUACAUACCUAAAUAUG